UGGCGGGACAAAGAGGCUGGCGAGGGGCAGAUUCUUUUGGGGGAGGGGAGAGAGAAGAGAGGUAAGAAGGAAAGAGAGAGAGAUAGGUAUGGGAGAAUGAAUUCGUAGUUAACGCACUUCAUUCGUGUCAACCCCAUCCACAGACUUUUUCCUCUGCGAAGGCGAAGAAGCCUCAAGACCAGGAUUUCGCCAUGUCUAUUAUCAAGAUCCAUGCCAGGGAGAUCUUCGACUCUCGUGGAAACCCCACAGUUGAGGUUGAUCUCCACACUCAUAAAGGUGUCUUCCGAGCUGCGGUGCCCAGUGGUGCUUCUACUGGUAUCUAUGAAGCCUUAGAACUCCGAGACAAUGAUAAGAGCUACCUCCUAGGGAAAGGUGUCUCAAAAGCUAUUGAGCAUAUCAACCACACUAUUGCCCCAGCACUGAUUAACAAGAGACUUAAUGUCAUGGAGCAGGAGAAAAUUGACUACCUGAUGUUGAACAUGGAUGGCACUGAGAAUAAAAGUAAAUUUGGUGCGAAUGCCAUACUUGGAGUGUCUCUGGCUGUUUGCAAGGCCGGAGCUGCUGAGAGAGGUGUCCCCUUAUACCGCCACAUUGCUGACCUUGCUUGUAAAGAAGAGAUCGUUCUACCUGUGCCAGCCUUCAACGUGAUCAAUGGUGGCUCCCAUGCUGGUAACCAGCUGGCCAUGCAGGAGUUCAUGAUCCUCCCGGUAGGAGCUGAGAAUUUCAGGGAGGCCAUGCGCAUUGGCUCUGAGGUCUACCACCACCUGAAGACUGUGAUUAAGGAGAAAUUUGGGACAGAUGCCACCAAUGUGGGGGAUGAAGGCGGCUUUGCUCCUAACAUCCUGGAGAAUAAAGAAGCUCUUGAACUGCUGAAAGAAGCAAUCGCUAAGGCUGGCCACACCAAUAAAGUUGUCAUUGGCAUGGAUGUCGCUGCCUCGGAGUUUUACAGGGACGGAAAGUACGACCUGGAGUUCAAGUCUCCUGAUGACCCCAGCAGACACAUGACUGCUAAGGAGCUGAGCAACAUGUACAAGUCUUUUAUCAAGGAUUACCCAGUGGUGUCUAUUGAAGAUCCCUUUGACCAGGAUGAUUGGGAAGCUUGGAGGAAUUUCACUUCUUCUGUAGGCAUCCAGGUGGUAGGGGAUGAUCUCACUGUUACCAAUCCCAGGCGUAUCAAAAAGGCCAUCCAGGAGAAAGCCUGCAACUGCCUCCUGCUCAAAGUGAACCAGAUUGGCACCGUCACGGAGUCGAUCCAGGCGUGCAAGAUAGCCCAGUCUAGUGGGUGGGGAGUAAUGGUUUCCCAUCGUUCUGGGGAGACUGAAGAUACCUUCAUUGCAGACCUGGCAGUGGGUCUCUGCACUGGGCAGAUUAAGACUGGUGCCCCUUGCCGAUCUGAGCGUCUGGCCAAGUAUAAUCAGCUUCUCAGGGUGGGACCCAGGAUGCCUGGAGGGAAUGCAGCACUGAGCACAUAGGCCUUUUUUCUGGGAGGAUGGUGGUGUCCUGACCAGCUACGUGCAGUUCAACAAAAACAAUCCAGCCCUGGUGGCCUCUCCUUUUAAGAACAAAGGGAUGUCUCAGAAUCUUCUGUGCCCUCAAGUGAACGAGGAAGCAUGAUGCAGGGAAAACCGAACCCAAUUGAUACACACAUUUGGUUGGAGGCCAGCUCUGCUCCUUAAGCAGCUGUGAGCCCUGGGGAAUCCCCUGAGUCUCUCUGUGCCUCAGUUGCCUCCUCUGCAAAAGGAGGGAAGGUGGACUAACCAAUCUCCAGAGUCCCAUCCUGCUCCAAAUUCUGUGGUUUUGUUGAAAUGCCUGUUUGUAUUGCUGCCUUUAUCACCAGGCACAAGGGUGGCAGGAGUCUCGUCCCAAAGGACAGGAUGGGAUUUCUUUUUCUUUCCUGAAUCCACAGCUGGUAGAGCCUUCCCUGGCCCGUAUUAUCGUGCUUCUGUUUUGUCGUUAGUUAUCUUUGCGUACAGGAGCCUGAAACCCAGACAGAUGGAGUGAUUUUCCCAAAGUCACUUGGAUAUGUUGGUGUUGGCGUGGGCGAUGCUGGGCGGGGGAGAGGCACACUGUACUCAUGGCUGUGGAAGCCCGGUGAAUUUCCUUCAGUUCAGUUGAUUUACAUUUUUCCAUAUUCCUGUCCAGGAAAAUUCUGACAAUCUUGAAAUUGAUCUGCUAGAGAUUGCUGUGACAUAUGACUAAACUUUAUGUCUUAUUAAUUUUCA